AUGGAGGCCUGGCGGCAAUGCGCCCACUGGCUGGUGGCGGCGCGGGUCCUGCCCGCGGGGCACCGGGCGAGCAGUUCCGGGGGGCAGGUGUGGGACCUGGCGCAGGCGCUGCGGGAUGGGGUGCUGCUCUGCCACCUCCUCAACGCCCUCCUGCCCCGUGCUGUGCCUGCUCGCGACAUCUGUCCCCGUCCCCAGAUGUCACAGUUCCUGUGCCUGAGGAACAUCCGCACCUUCCUGACCGCCUGCUCUGACAAGUUCGGGCUCCCGAAGCACCGGCUCUUCGGCGCCUUCGACCUCUUCGACGUCCAAGACUUCGGCAAGGUGAUCGACACCCUCUCGACGCUCUCCUGGACCCCCAUUGCCCAGAGCAAAGGCUUCACGCCCUUCCCCACGGAGGACUGUGUUGGGGACGAUGACAUCUACAGUGGCCUCUCUGACGUCAUCGACGACACGGCGGAGGAGGACGACGACUUCUACGACUGCGUCGAGGCCGAAGGGGACGAUGGCGAUGGCAUCUACGAGGACCUGAUGCGCGUGGACCGCCCCCCAGCUCUGGUGGAGGUGGACCAGAGGCUCUGCUGCCUCCAGGAGCUGAGGCAAACGGAGGAGAGGUACACCGAGACCCUCGAGUCCAUCUGCCAGCAAUUCCUGCGGCCGCUGCGGCACUUCCUGCAGCCCCAAGACCUCGAGAGCAUCUUCAUCAACAUCGAGGUGACCCCAGAGUGCUCCCAACGAGCCAACAAUGGGCGCUUCUCCCUACGGGACCUCCUGAUGGUGCCAAUGCAGCGGGUGCUGAAGUACCACCUCCUGCUCCAGUCACAGCCGCAGUCCCUGGCGCAGUUCGGGCGCCCCAAAAUCGACGGAGAGCUGAAGGUCUCCAGCACCGAGCGGCGCUCCAAGGUGGACAGGUACGGCUUCCUCCUGGACAAGGCCCUGAUCCUCUGCAAGCGCCGUGGGGACUCCUAUGAGACCAAAGACAUUGUGGACCUGCACAGCCACCAACUGCGAGAUGGUGGCCUCAGUCCCCACGACAGCAAGAAGUGGACCCACAGCUUCGUGCUCAUCGACACGGCCAGGCUGCAGGGCUACGAGCUCUUCUUCAAGACCCGCGAGCUGAAAAAGAAGUGGCUGGAGCAGUUUGAGAUGGCCUUCUCCAACAUCUUCCCCGAGCACGCACUGGCUGAUGGGCAUGACUUCCAGAUGUUCUCCUUCGAGGACACCACGUCCUGCAGGGCCUGCCAGAUGUUGUUGAGGGGCACGUUCUACCAGGGGUACCGCUGCAGCCGAUGCCGGGCCCCCGCUCAUAAGGAGUGUCUGGGACGGCUGGGGACCUGCGGCGGGGGCGGCACCGAUUCGGGCUCAGGCACGAGGAAGGCUUCUGGGGAGCGGGGGGACCCCUCUGGCCCCCCCAGCCCCAUGGUAGCUCAUCUUCAGGGCAGGAACUUGGCCAACGGUGACCUGGGUUGGUUCCCUUGCGCCGUCGUGAGACCCUUCAUCUGCGUUCCACUGCCGGAUCUCUCCGUCUACCCCUGGUACGCCGGCCUCAUGGAGCGGGGGGAAGCUGAGCAGCUCCUGAUGCCCCGCUCCGACGGGGCCUUCCUGGUGCGCCAGCGGGUGAAAGAUGCCGGGGAAUUCGCCAUCAGCAUUAAGUACCGUGGGGAGGUGAAGCACAUCAAGGUGAUGACGGCGGAGGGGCUCUACCGCGUCACCGAGAAGAAGGCCUUCAAGGGGCUGGUGGAGCUGGUGGAGUUCUACCAAUGCAACUCGCUCAAGGAUUGCUUCAAAGCCCUCGACACAACACUUGUGGUGCCCUUCAAGGAGCCCGAGAGCCGGGUUGGUCCCCGGCCACCCGUGGGAGCUGUGCACAACUUCGGGUCAGCCAAAGCCCGCUAUGACUUCUGCGCCCGGGACCGGACGGAGCUGACGCUGCGGGAGGGUGACAUCAUCCGUGUCCUCAGCAAGAAGGGCCACCCAGGCUGGUGGAAAGGAGAGAUCUACGGGCGGGUUGGAUGGUUCCCCGCAAACUACGUGGAGGAAGAUUACUCAGAGUAUUGCUGA